UUGAGCGCGUGAGGGCUACGAAGCGUAGCCUGUACCGCACGGAAGUGGCCAUCCGCCACCGGCGAAACCCGACCAUCAAACCACACCGGUCGGUCAGGCCCACACAACAAGCGAAGCGGAUAGAGGAAAACGAAGUGAGGCAAAAAAAAAAAAAAAAAAAAGGAAGACGCGGCCGCAAGGCAAGGCAGGCAGGCCACGACGCCGCACGCCCACGCGAACCCCGCCGCGCGCCGGCAUUUCCUCUGCCGCUACUCCUCCUCCUCCUCCUCCUCCGCCUCGCCUCCUCUGCAGACUAGGGGCUAGGGGGUCAGGGCCUCAACCUCCUUGGUUUAAUUGAGUAUCAACCUCAACCUCCUUGCCGCCUCUGCAGACUAGCUGUUGCCGCGAGCAUGGCCGCUGGAUUCGUCACGCCGCCGCCGCCGUUGGCCGGCGCGCAGGGCGGGCUCCGUGGCCGCGGCGUCCUCCAACGGCGUCUCGCCGCCUCGCCCAUGCAUAGAGCUAGAGAUGGGAACAAUUUAGUGUUACAUGUUGUUUCUUAUUUUCACGCACAAUAACUUCAUCUUUCCCAGGAAAGAUGAAUCUGUGGUUUCUACUAAUGGCGGAAAGGAGGAAACGGUCACUGAUAGCCUCAAUGUUGCUAGAGGAGUGUCGCACCCUGGGCUUUCAUCAAGCUUAUCCAAUCAGGCAUCAGUGGUCCCAACACCUUUGCUUCCUGCUGAACCAUCUGAUCUCCGUUUCAAUCGUCUUCGACCCUCAAUCGAUGAAAGUGAUUGCAAUCACAAAAGAUUUUUCGGCUGCUAUGUUGCUCGUGAGGCUAUAAUCGACGAGGAAUACUGGAUUGCUGCAUGGUUGAGAGCAGAAUAUCACUAUAAAGACCAGUCAGGCGAUCGCUAUGUCGAAAGUUUUAAGAGAGAAUUUGCAGCACAGGAAUUUCAUGCGUUAAAGAAGCGAUGCAGCAAGCAGCACGGAGAGAAAUAUAUCUGUUUUGUUGUGGUAAAGAACGAUGACCUUAGGCGAACUGUCCUGAAUAGCGUUGUUGGUACCUUAGAUGUAUGUAUUAGGCAUCCUCUACAUGGGGAGAAAUUUCCUACGGAGCCUGGAAAGUUGUCUCUUCACUGUAGAAUCUAUCAGCCAGAUCAGCCAAAAUUUGGAUACUUAACAAAUUUAUGUGUUGCUAAAUAUGCAAGGCGUCAAGGGAUUGCCAGCAACAUGUUGUUAUUGGCCAUAGAUGCUGCAAGACUCAAUGGUGCUGAAAAUAUUUAUAUUCAUGUGCAUAAGGAUAACUUACCAGCUUGGAAGCUCUAUGAUAAGAUAGGAUUCAAGAUGGUUGAGUUGGAUGGUGCUCUCCAUUCAUCAGAUCUGUGUUUGCUUUCCUUCACUUCAUAGGACUAGAAUAGUUGAUACAGGCCAUGCUCCCCAGGUCCCAUCUCGCUGUGCAGGUGAAGUUCCACCGGUCCCCGCGAUUCAGAAAAGUAGGAGGGUGUCAAGGAACACCUUUACCAUCUUGUACAUGAUUAAAAGUUUGUAACUUUCGUGUUGACUAGAUGUCUAGAUGGGUGCAGUUCUGGUGCCCCAGAGUGCCGUGGCAUCUGAAUACUUAAUAAGCUCCUUUCAUUGUAUAGUUUUUUUUUUAAGCCUGCUAAUGUUUCUUGGCUCUGCAGUGAAGUAUAUACAUAUUGGUACUGAGUA